UUGUGUGGCUCUCACUCAAUUUUUUCGUCUUCUAGUAUCAAUAUCAAUAAUUUCCUAGCUCUACAUCAACCCUCUAAACCCAAAAACAAAAUUGUUCUACUUUCAUCUUUAUCUUCCUCACGUUCCCAGCUCAUAAAACCAUGAAUGACACAGUAGACAAACUGGUAAUAUUUCUAGCCAAGAGAGAUGGAAUCGACAAGCUGGUCAAGACCUUCCAGUACGUCUCCAAGUUGGUCCACUGGCACGCCGAGUCCACCCACCCAAACAUGGCCCAAAGGUUCAAGCAAUGGGAAGUGGCAUCUGGGCUCAGCCGAAAGGCCUUUCGAACAGGUCGGUUCUUGACUGGUUUCAAUGCUCUGAGGCGCAACCCAGGCACCACCCCUGCUUUCAAGUUCCUGGCUGUUUUGGCUAACGCUGGAGAAAUGGUCUACUUCUUCUUUGACCACUUUCUUUGGCUCUCCAGAAUUGGGACCUUGGACCCCAAGCUAGCUACGAAGAUGAGCUACAUAUCUGCCUUUGGUGAGUCUUUUGGGUACAUUUUCUUUGUUGUGUCUGACUUGAUAAUGCUAAAACAGGGACUAGAGAAGGAGCGAAAGCUGUUGAAAGAGAAAAAGAGUGAUGGGGAUGAUGAAGUGAGUGAGAGUAUAAGGAAGAUUAAAGUCGAUAGAGUAAUGAGGUUGAUGAGUGUGGCUGCUAAUGUUGCGGAUUUGUUCAUUGGUUUGGCUGAGAUUGAGCCAAACCCCUUUUGUAAUCAUGUGGUCACGCUUGGGAUUAGUGGGUUGGUCUCUGCUUGGGCUGGUUGGUACAGAAAUUGGCCCUCAUAAAAUAAAAUACAAAGAGCCCUCAAAAUAAAAGUUAUGUGAAUAUAUUUAAAGAAUUACAGUAUCAAUUGGCUUUUCUUAUGGCCCAUUCUGAGCUAUUUUAUGGAAGCAUGCAAACAAUUAUGUUACAUGCAUGUACUCAUAAAAA